AUGGAGAUUCCGGACAUUGACGACAAAAGGAACGGGCUGCUACUCUUCAGUCCGCUGAAAUACGCGUUCGACCGCCACCAAAUCAGUUUUAUUGGUGACGACAAGGGCGAUCUCCGCUUGAAGAUUUUUGAUUCGUCGAUCCGAGACACUCGCCUCGUUGAUCUCAAGGACCGUGACGGCAAAAGACUGUUGGGUAAAAGGCGUUUGAGAACCCUCAGGAAACGCACACAAGACUUUGAUGUCGAGACUACCUUUGGCAGUGUGGAUGGGAGAGCGCUGGCGUUCACGAACCUGAAGCGACCUUUCUAUCAAUGGCUGAACUUCCAAGCGAGGGUGGCUGAGUGA